GGGCCAAUGGGGAGGAGAUAAGGGGGAGGCGGUCGAGGCCAGAGACACGUACGGCUCGGAAAAGAACGGGAGCAGCUGCUGUAGCUACGACGGGAAGAGCUUCCACGGCAGAUUGUGUAUUCGGACACCGAGAGAUUGCAUCAACCUAUCAACUAGCGCAAUGGAUGUUUUCAACAGGAACAUAAAUUUUGACGCCCUUUUCAAAUUCUCUCACAUCUCCGCAUCAACCCAGCAGCACCUGAAGAAGGUCUAUGCUAGCUUUGCGCUAUGCAUGUUCCUAGCAGCAGCUGGUGCCUACAUCAAUGUGGUAACUCAGCUGGUGCAGUUUGGAUUGCUGACUGGCCUGGGAGCUUUGGGCCUUAUGAUCUGGCUGAUGGCCACACCCCACAGCCAGGAAACUGAAGAGAAACGGCUGGGCAUGCUGGCAGGCUUUGCCUUCCUCACUGGAGUCAACCUAGGGCCUCUGUUGGAGAUGUGCAUUGCCAUCAACCCCAGCAUCAUCCCUACUGCUUUCAUGGGCACAGCUGUGAUCUUCAGCUGCUUCUCCCUGAGCGCCCUCUUUGCCAAGCGCCGUGCCUAUCUGUACCUAGGAGGUGUCCUGUUCUCAGGCCUGUUCCUGAUGCUGCUCUUCUCCCUGGUCAACAUUUUCCUGGGUUCAACUUGGCUCUUCACGGCUAACCUCUACAUUGGGCUUAUGGUUAUGUGUGGCUUUGUCCUAUUUGACACUCAGCUCAUCAUUGAGAAGGCAGAGAAUGGAGACAAGGACUACAUCUGGCACUGUGUGGAUCUCUUCCUGGAUUUUGUCAACAUCUUCCGGGAGCUCAUGGUCAUCUUGGGCAUGAAUGAGAGCAACAAGAAGAAGAAAGACAAGUGAAGUCACACCAGAUGCCUGUGUGGAGCCUCCUUUUUUUUCUUGUGUCCCCUCCCCCUUGCCUCUUCCUUACUUCCAUCCAGCUUGACCUGCAUUAAAGCUGCCCCCCCCCAACCCCACCCGGUUGUUCUGUGUGAAUGAGAAGCAUCUGUGACACUUUCAUACUUUGUGGAAAUUGUGUUUUGUUUUGUUUUCUCUUGGUCUUUGAGCCUCUUGAAAAAGCUAGCUGGCUGAUCCUAGUGCUGGAGUCUGGCUUUGCCCCCACAUCCCCAUCUUUUUUCCAUCAGGGACUGCUGACACUCAGACCCAUCCUAUUGGUCGUGAUCCCACAGCUCUCCUUUUCUCCUCUCUGCCCCCCUCCCCCGCCAGCCCCAGGCACACUGAGAGCGGGGAGGACAGCAACUCACACCUCGCUGCUGCGGGAGAGGAUCUGCACGGCAGCACUUGCCUUGAAAAUCACCCCAACGAGUCUCCGUGGCUCUUUGGGGAGGCUGGCAUUGUUUAAGCUGCUUUCCACAAGGCUGUGCAGGAUGUGAGGCCAAGCAGAGCUGCAGAUCACAGAGACAAUGCUUGGGGGAGGCCCAUCAUGGUUGGGAAAUGGCCAGGACAAUUGCUUACUGGCCCAGCGCGGCCCCUAGUUUUGCUGCUGGGUAGGUAACAAAAAUGAGCUUUAGUGCAAGUAAGGAAUUCUUGUCCGGGAGCCCCACCUUCUUGUUUUUUAGCACCUGCCACAGGCAGUCAUUUGAGGUGGGUGUCAGUGUUGUACUGUUCAGUCUGGUUUAAUUGCAUUCCUAACCUUGGAAUCCUAGUGUUUUGAUUUGCUGAGCAGGAAGAAGCCAGUACUCUAGUUUGCAGGAGUUCAGGGGUCAAAGCAGCCUAAGGUCAGCAACGCUUGCUGAGACCGUGAUCUCUCACUAAGAAAGGCCAGCAGGGGCAAGGGUAGCUGCCUGUUGACAUCUGGGAAGGAGUUCUGUGGGUGAGCGGGCUGGAGGAAGAAGCCAGCUGACUGUCCUGCAGUGGGGAGGGCUACUCCUGUAUACUGAGACAGGGUGGCUCCUGUUUACUCAAGGUUAAAGCGGCCCCUUGGACAAGCCCAAAAGUUUUCUCUGCAGCAAACUAGAUAAUGUUUAUCUUGCCCUUCUUAGCACCUGAAGCCAGGCUCCAUCUCUGCUUGCUUGAAAAUAAAGGAUUUCUUCUUCCUCUUCUAUCCCCCACCCUCCCCUCUUUUGGAACCAGUGCCAAGAACUAAACUUCAAGAGAUCUACUUUAUAUAGAGACCUUGUCUAACAGGUUUUAAUAUAGUAACGACUAAACUCUGUGGCUCAUUGGAUGUCCAGCUCUGGCUGCAUUCUUUAGACUCCUACUGUGAAAGACAGGGUUUUUAAACAAAAAAGGUGUUUUGAUUGAAAUUUACAUUGUCUUGCUUUGUACGGGGAAAAAUUAAAAUAAAAAUCCUCAAACUUUAA